AUGAAUUGCCCCUCUCGAACAGAUGACACCAUGAAGCAUGCUGGGUGGAAUCAGAACCCACGCUUCUUCGCUCCUGAGUUGACCACUCGUCAAGAUCUUAAUGGUAUUGCGAACGCCCGUGAGAUCGAGGUGGAUGGUAAUGGCACGAAUUCAUUACAUGGAAGCUCCAAUUGGAUAGACUCACCUCCGGUGGAGGAAAAGGAAGUAGGGAAUGACCUCGCCUCGGGGCGCGAGGCGUCCCUGACUUUGUCAGGACGCCUCGCUUCCCACAAUAUAAAAUCCGGGCUUGUUCACACAAGACCAGGCUCAGCCGACGAGGUUCUACCGUCGUAUCAAAGUAUCAAGGACUGGGCCUUGUGGCUUCUUUCCGUGCUUUUCGUCUCGGCUCUUAUCUCAUUCAAAACAUUGAAGGAUUAUUUUAUCCCCAAGGAGCCAAUGGUACUCGAAGUUCCACUGGAAAAUUACCCUGUGCCUGCGAAACGAUCAAGCUGUGCCCAAGGAGGUGUUCGCGGCGAUGCGUACGAUCUGCCGUUGCAUGUUGCGGCCUUGUUCAUUAUCUUGGGUACCUCGACAAUCGCAUGUGCAUUCCCGGUCCUCGCAACUCGAUUCCCUCGGAUGCAUAUUCCACCAUCAUUCCUGUUUUUUGUCAGUCACUUUGGUACUGGAGUCUUGAUCGCGACCGCAUUUGUGCAUCUUCUUCCUACUGCGUUCACUUCACUGGGAGACCCAUGCCUCUCGAACUUUUGGACAAAAGACUACCCUGCCAUGCCAGGAGCCAUCGCUUUGGGUGGCAUCUUCCUUGUGACCGUCAUUGAGAUGGUAUUCAGUCCUGCGCAAAGUAUUUGUCGGGGGGGAUCCCAGCCCACAGCCCAAAGGUCGAAUCCUUCACCUUCUCCGUCGUGUUUGUCUACUGCAGAGCCUUCAGCUCCAACAUGUGAGGAGCUUGGGUGCCCUGAAAAUUGCAUGGAGCGCAGCCCUCGCUCUGCUGGUUUGGAGGGCCGCCCCCAUCUGCGAGACAUGGGUCCGUUGAUUGGAAGGUCGGCCAGUAUAAGUAGAACCAUUCACCGCAUGGGAGAUGGCACUGAUGAAAUAGUUCGAGUCUCUUCUGCUCCAGAUGUUCAAACACAUCAUGAGAAAGAGAAUGGGGUUAUUCAAUCUGACAUAGAGCGACACGACGACUCAUUCGAUCUGACCCCAGAACAGAAACAAAAGAAAGAGACGAUGCAGGUUUACCUUCUUGAGAUGGGCAUCCUUUUCCACAGUGUGUUCAUUGGCAUGUCACUCAGUGUGUCAGUCGGUAAUGAAUUUGUGAUCUUAUUGAUCGCCAUUGUGUUCCAUCAAACAUUCGAAGGCCUAGCAUUGGGAUCUCGCAUCUCCGCAUUGCCUUGGUCAGAGAAACAACUUCAGCCCUGGAUCAUGUCACUCGCCUACGGCUGCACGACCCCAAUCGGGCAGGCGAUCGGCCUCGCAACGCAUACUCUUUACAGUCCGGAUUCCGAGGUUGGCCUGCUGGUGGUCGGGAUUAUGAAUGCUAUUUCUGCAGGACUUUUGAUCUUUGCGUCCCUUGUCGAACUCAUGUCAGAGGACUUCCUCAGUGAUGAAAGCUGGCGCAUUCUCCGAGGCAAGAGAAGGGUUUAUGCCUGCAUCCUGGUCUUCAUGGGGGCUUUCUGCAUGAGCAUCGUUGGAGCUUGGGCUUGA